AUGUCGGAAACAGACGGCAUCUUCUCCCACGAUCACCGAUCAAUGAUUUUCAAGGUUCUCGUCGAUUCCCUCAAGAUUUUCCAUAAAAACAAACAGACUUUUGUUUCCAUUUUUGCCCUUACGACCCUCCCGCUUUCCCUCCUCCUCUUCUCCCUCUCCCUCUCCUCGCACCCCCUCAAAUCCCACAUCUACCACCUUGAAUCCCUCGCACGCCUCGCCCCCACGCGAUUCGAGGCCCGCCAGGUCUGGAAGGAGUCCCGCGAUGACGCCAUCUCACUCCUCCGCAUCAAGGUCCUCUUCUUCUUCCCCUCCUACGCCCUCUCACUCCUCGCUUCCAUCGCCGCCGUGACAGCCGCCUCGACAUCCAUCCAUGGAAAACGCCCCACUCUCCGCUCAUCCCUUAACGCCGUCAAGAUCACUUGGAAAAGGCCGUUAGUCACGUCCAUCUGUAUCUACGCGCUGUCGAUCGCGUCCGCGCUAGUGCCCCGCACUUUGUCUACUGUAUUCAACUCGUCCUGGUCCAGAUUGGUCAUCAUGGUUCUCGGGUCGGGUCUGGAAAUAUACCUGAUGGGGAUGAUGGGCCUGGGGCUAGUGGCAUCGAUUUUGGAAGAGAGGUACGGGUGGGAUGCGAUUCGGGUCGGGUGGGAGUUGAUGGCGGGUAAGAAGCUAUGCGGGUGGGUGAUGUCGGGCAUGUUCGUGUUGUUUACGUGGGCGGUUGCGAGGAAGCUGGAGGAAGUGAUGGAUGGUGAGGAUUUGAUGGAGGGAUCAUCGACGGCGACGCUGACGAGGGUGGUGGUGGGCAUUGAGGAUAAAUUGGGUUGGGUAAUUUUGUACGGGUUAGUGGUGCUUUGGGGGUACGUUGUUACCACGGUUUUUUACUGCGACUGUAGGAAACGCCACGUAAGUGGAGGUGGUGAAAAUGAGGACGGCCCUGACUGAAUUCUCUGCUCUUCAGAUCCAACUCCACAAGAGGGCCAAGCCAUGAGGGGUAAAAAACCAGCAAGGGCAAACAAGCGGAGAAAACAAUACAAAGUGAGAGAGGGAAUACAAAUGAUGCGCCCAAACCCACUACAACAAAACACUAAUUUGGGGAACAAGGAAAUCCGUCUUUGUUUAAGAUACCAACAAGCGAAGAUGGGGGUCUUUCGACCUAGACAUUAUUGCACAUCUUCAUGCCCUGAUGAGACAUCACAUAGUCCGUCGCAAAAUUAGCUGAUCUCGGAACUCAAGACCAAUCCCAAGCAUGAAAGGAGUUCCCCAAGGCAUAAACGCGGAAAAUGAUGGGGAGCACCUCCCAGCCGCUAUCAUCAAUCUUAGGCACGAGAUAACCUUCAAGGAAUUAGAUUCAAUGAUAAUAUUUGAGAACCCUCGUUGCAAAGCCAUUAUGUUAACCAGUGUGGAGUAUGAGGGGUCUACUGAGAGGACGACCGCGGGGUCCUGCUUACCAUGGAUCGAGAGGUGGGCCUCCUUAAUCGAGCAGCCAUGAAGGACACAUCAUACGCUUAUUGCGGAUCAAGAGGUUGUUGAUAAUAGAUUAUUACUUAAGUUUUGAUAAACGUAUUUAUUGUCCAUUGGUGACAUAUCAUACGGUUUACAAAUUUGACCUCAAAAGUUGGUCUAUUGUAAAUUUAGGCUAUAUGACAGUGGAUCUUCUUAAUAGCCUAUGUAAUUGUUUAGAGGUCAGCUUUUAGUUUCAUAGAUAUGAUCGAGGAGACUUAAUAAUUUUGUAGUGUGUUUUUUAUAUAGCCAAUUUUGGAUCCAACUGUUUUAUCAAAUUUUUAUAAGGAAAAAUUUGUAAUUAAUUUGUUGUCGGACUAUGAAUAUGUUGAUAAUAAUGCGCAAUUUAACACUACAAAUCU